CACAACAAAAACAAAAAUGUCAAAAGGAAUUAGGAUGGCUCUAGUUAUGAAUCUCUUAUCUCUUCUAUUUUCAGGAGUCUUAGUUCAUUCCGGUCAAAGUACUGUACCUCUCAAAUCCUUCAAGAUAGGUGAAAAUGUAACAUAUGAUUGCAUAGAUAUUCAUCUGCAACCAGGACUUGAUCAUCCCUUACUCAAAUACCAUAGGAUUCAGAUGAACCCAUCAAUUUCAAGACCAGAAUUAAAAAGUCAAAUUGGCAUAAACAAAGUACAAAAACAGAAAAUACCAUGUCCAGAUGGAACAAUUCCUGUAUGGAGAAAUAAAAAAGAAUGCACCACCAACGCUCAAGUUUUGGCGGAGAACCAUGUUCAUUCUCUAUCACCUGAUAGUCCUGGAACACAUCUUGCUGGAGUAAGGUCACAGAAUGGUCCAUUUCGUGGGGUAGAAGCUUGGUUUAAAAUGUUUAAGCUAGACAUCGCAAACGAUCAAGCCUCAUAUGGUCAAAUAUAUAUAGGCAGUGGAUCCAAUACCGAGGUCAAUUUUAUUUCAGCGGGUUGGAUGAUAAAUCCAAGCUUUUUUGGUGACAGCCGUACUUGGACAUAUGGAUUUUGGAAGGGUAAAGAUGGAAAAGGAUGUUACAAUACAGCAUGUUCAGGGUUUGUUCAAGUUUCGCAGACGUUUCCCAUAGUUCAACCCAUUGAUUUUCCGGCUGGCCAGUCUCUCUGGUUGCAUUACUCCAUCCAUGAGGACAAAAAUACAGGAAACUGGUGGCUUACAGAACUGGGGUCAGGUGAACCCAACAUCGAUAUUGGAUAUUGGCCAAAAGAGCUAUUUAACCUUUUAGACAAUGGUGCAAAUAUGGUUGGAGCUGGUGGUGUGGUUCAGGCUUCAAGUUCUGGUUCAAGCCCUGAGAUGGGUAAUGGUCGAUUUCCAAAUGCUGAUCACCCCAGGGAUUCAGGAAUUUUCACAAAUGUUGAAGUUAUGGAUUCCAAUUAUGUGCAGCAUAAAAUGAAUUAUUUUCCAACAGAAGUGGUUCUAGAUAGUCCCAAAUGCUAUCGGCUAACAAUUGGUAAGACAUUUAUAUUCCGACCCAAUCGACUUGGUUUCUAUUUUAAUUAUGGUGGUCCGGGAGGAAACUCUUGUGGAGUUUGAUAUUUUCAAGUGUAAUAUUGAAAUUUGAAUUUAAAUAAAUAUUAAUAAUAUAUUAAUAAAAUGCAAAGAGUUAUAAUUA